GUGCGGCUACGCGCGUACUCGCGCGGCCCGCGGCAGUGCGGUGGCACCCAAACAACGGCGGCCGCCCGCCGGAGCCGGCUCGCAGAGGACGCGUGUGCCGCCCGCGAACGCGAUGUCGCAGUCGCCCGCGGAUAGCCGCCGUCGCCCUUCUCGUGGACAGCUCGCCGCCAGCUCCUCCAACAGGCACAGGAGGAGCGGGGCAGAAGGGCGCUCGUAAGAGCCCUGGCAUGGCACCAUGGUGGCCGCGUCGUACCGCCGGGCCCGCCUGCUGGUGUUGGCCCUGCUCGCCAGCGGAUUUCUCGUGACUCGCAUCCACCGAGCGCAACUCGGAGACGGAGCGGCGCCCGUCGUCCUCACGGGACAGCAGGCGCUACAGGUCACGAUUCCUCUAGAGCUGUUCCGAAGGCCUGCGUCUCAAUCCCCUACCAAGCUCCCCAAGUACCCCUUCAAAAAUUAUGACCCCCAACUUCCACCCAGACAUAAAAUUCGGGACAGAGACUCGUUCUCGUAUUUCGAGCCCGUUGACAACGGCACCUGUUUCGUGCUCGGCACCGAUCUUAACGCGAGUCAAAGUUCGUGCAUCUGUCGGCCAGGGUGGAUCUCGGACGACUGCAGCUUGCCCGAAGCCAUCAGUUCUUCCAAGCGAUUCAGACGUCGCUGGACAAACAAGAAAGUGCGCCGCAGGAACGGUCGCCCGCGGCGUCUCGUUAACGCAAUCAACAUAAACCACGAGCUCGACCUCUUGGAGGUGCGGUUGCGAGAACUGUACAACGUCGUCGACGUGUUCGUCGUUUGCGAGUCCAACUACAGCGCCAGGGGGGAGCCCAAGCCGUUGCACCUCCUUCCUGAGCUCCGAAAAGGUUUCCUGGCGCCAUAUCAAAACAAAAUCGUGCACGUCUUCCUCGACCACUUCCCGAAGAAAGGCCGGGAAGACGGCUGGUUCGCCGACGGCUACCAGAGGAGCUUCCUCUGGCGGCAGGCCAAGAGGCAGCUGUCGGGUCUCAGGGACGACGACCUCUUCGUUCUGACAGACGCCGACGAGAUACCUAGGGCGGGUCCGCUGGCCUAUCUCAAGACGCACGAGGGCUUCGGUGAACCGAUAUUUCUGCGACUGCGCUGGACGCUGUACGGUUUCUUCUGGCAGCACGUGCAGGAGCACGUGCAAGUGCUCUCCGUGUGUACGAUGCGCUUUCUGUCAAGGGUGCUGAACAACGACGCGGCUCGACUGCGUCGCGAGGACAUCCCGGCCAACUCGGAGGAGCUCUACGGAGGAGAGCUCGAGGACUGGACGCUGGGCCAGAACGGCGAUUUCAACGCCGGCUGGCACUGCUCGUGGUGCUUCGACGUCGAGGGGCUCCGAGUGAAGCUCAAGUCCGCGCAGAAGGACGACGGCAUCCGGUGGGGCGACUUUCCCGAAAAGACUUCCGCUCGCUUCUUGAGCGUCCUCGUGAGACGCGGCCUGUGGUUUGACGGGAAGAAAGUGACUAAGCCGAGCGUGCUGACUCGAGGGGCCACUGUGCCGUCGUCCGUGAUGGACGACGAUAAGUACAGUUACCUCCUGUCGCCCGACAACGGGAGUGCACCUAGGCCGGAGCUGCAAUAGUUUGCCGUUGGGACGUGCGGCUUUCUAUCCUCAACAAUGUACUAAGUCUUCCAGGGCGUCACAAGUUAGGAGCACUCACUUGAAGGGACACUGAAGAAGUUUUCAGAAAAAACUGAGCUAAAGCACAAACUGCGAAGGCGUACGUUAGACUUGCCUUUGCAAAAUGCAGAAAUCUGUUAGGACAGAUAAGAACCGUAGCAAAUUACGUGUUGAAACUUGGCGCCUUUUCUGACCGCCUACUCGGUGUCGACGUAAUGUCUGCUAUGCAUCGUUGUCCAAGCUUCAUCGAAGCGUGCAGAUUAAUUGAGGCUACAGUUUUUCUAUGCGAUGAAACCAAGAAGUCCUUGAGUGGGGCCAUUACAUACCUCCCACAGCCUCUUCUGUUCUCUGUCCGCUCGAGUAAAGUUUAGGCAGAUUAUUCUGGAGCGCGACGCAACGAAUCUGGUUGAAUUCGGACGUCAUAUUGACAAAUAUCUGGGCAUCGAGCCACGGACUUUGUCGUUUCUGGCCUUUAAAGCCUCUUCAGUUCCUUUCUUUUUUCUUUUUUUUUUUUUCAUGCACGUUUCGGCUGUGUGAAAAAUAUCUUCACAAAUCUACUUCGCACGUAUUUAUCGCUUUCGAAGAACAUUGCGAAGAAGCUAAGGCUGUGCAGGCAGGUGAAAAGCAUAUGUAUCAUAUCACUUCGAAGUUGUCAGGUCAACCCCGUGCUGGACGCGGACGGCGCUUUUUGUCGCUCUCGCAUGCCAAUAGUGGCAUUGAGUAACGAGCUUCUCAAGCAACGCACAGGCGCUGGUUCGCUGCUUCUUUGCCAGCCCACAUAAUGCCAUCGGUCACAAAUCUUUAUCAUUUUUGUUAGCGUCUCACAUCCCGGUUUCAUCCAUACGCACCUGCGCACUCUGACGCCAAUGAUAAGGUCCGCAAGGUCGGUGAAAAAUGCAUGGACACACUUGCCGCUUCUUUCAUUUUUAUCUUUUAUUUCUUUCUUUCUGUCUCUCUCUCUCCUUUUUUUUUUCAGCAGCACAUCAUAUUGAACUAAGCUUUCAGACCGGGCCUAUCGUAAACCAAAGUAUGCCACUAUUUGUCCAUCUGCUCGUAUUACGUGCAGCCGAGAGCAAGGUGAAUGCGACGAUGCGUCUGAUCUGUACAAAUAAAAGCGUCCUUAUUAA